AUGCCUGAGUGGGAACCAGUGCUGCCUGUGGGCUGGGAGCACGGAAAUAGAGCCUUCCUGCAGGCUUUCAUGGCCCGCGGCUCCAUAACGCAAGCCGAGGGAAAGUCCAUCAUAGCCGCUAUUCUGUCAGCAGAAGACAACUCAGCACAUAGGAUAACCCCUGAUUCGAUCGACGACAACACAUUCAGGCAGCAUGUCAGCAAAGCGCGCGAGGCUGUAGCAUCACUGGACUACGACAUCCGUAACACGUAUCACCAGGUCAGCCGAGAGCAAAUAUGGGCGCUCAUCAACGUGCACAGCGACCCCAGCACUCAGUUGGCGACCUCGCGAACUCCCGACGAGAUCUCGUUCAUCAAGAGAGUGCUUGAUGCCAUGUUCGAGACCUACAACACGCCAAGGCAGGAGGUCAUGGCGGUCACGGCAGCGCAGGCCAGGAAGGUCGCCCGGCCAGCGCCAUCGGCACCAGCACAGGACGGCGAUGCCGACGGCCAGGAGCCGACGCAGCGGACCGCAGACAGGGCACUAAAGCACAGCGAGAUCGAGAGACUGCUGCCCAGCCUGGUCGCCGAGGGAUGGUUCGAGGAAAGCGACGAGGGCUUCUACAGCCUGAGCCCACGCUCGCUCAUGGAGCUCAGGACGUGGCUGGUGGCAGCCUACAACGACCCCGACGUCGCGCCUGAGGCGUGGCAGCGCAUAAAAUUCUGUGAGGCGUGCAAGGAGGUCGUGACGGUCGGGCAGAGGUGUCCUGAGCGAGACUGCAACGUCCGGAUUCAUGACAUCUGCACAGAGGCCUACUGGCGCACGCGCAGGGAUGGGCGUACGUGUCCCCGAUGCGAGACGGCGUGGACGGGUAAAAACUACGUUGGCGAGAGGGCUGUGACGGAAACAGCUGCGGCGCACCGCCAGGCCGGCCGAAACAGAGGGAGCAAUGCGAAUGCGUCGAUGGUGGACGAGGAGGCAGACGAGGAUGGUGGAGAUUGA